AUGCUAACACCAUGGCUCCUAUUGCUCAGUGCGCUAUAUUUUGGCGCUAAAAUCGCGCUGGCGCUGUCGGACGUGCACACCACGCCCGACGCCUACGAGUAUCUGCGCAGCUCGCAGUUGCCGGUGCUCGUCAUGGUCUACAUGCACGGCUGCAGGUUCUGCCAGGAGCUCGAGCCAAACUUCUUGUUCCUAGAGCGCGUGUUCGCGGGCGAGCUCGCGCUGCUCAAGGUCGAUGGUAAGCGCGCGAUGACGUUCUCACACGACCUGAAUAUUCGCAGCUUCCCCGAGCUCCUGCUAUACGGCCCUGGCGAGGGCGCCCAAGCAGAGGCCGGCUCGACAUUGCUGGGCAGAUAUCCUAGCGCGCGGGACCGCGACCUCGGCUCUCUCGCGAUGUUUGUGAGUGAGCGCUCCGCGCUCAUGGCCCACUGGCCGCACUCUAGCGUCCGAGACGUAACCCAGGACCCACAUGCGCAGCUUGAUGCGCUGCGCUCGGAGCCGCUUCGCGUCAGUGUCCUCGUGUUCGUGACGCCCUGGAUGGAGCGCCGUAGCCUGCAGCUGUUUAACGGCGAGCAGUCUACCUGCAUCCUGGACCAGCUUGCCGAAACGCCUGAGCUGCGCGAGAACAACGUUGAGAUCUACCGCAUCGAUGCCUCAAAUAGCACCACGGCGCUCUGGACCCGCGAGUUCCGCGUUGCCGUCUACCCUACUAUCGUGCUCCUGGCGCCCGAUGCCAGCGGCUCCCAGCGCGAGAUCCACGUUCCCCUGCGAGCAGGCGACUUGGAGCUGCGUAAUCACGAAAAGGACACGCUUCUGCGCCUAGUGCGCCACUGCGCCGCCGGCAGGGCCGCGGACCCCGAUUGUCUUGAUUUCGUCCGCUCUUACCAUGGUUUGCGCUCCUUGGAACCACAAGGUGCGCUGCCGCGCAAUGAAACGCAGAUGGCAGUUGAAGGCCCAGAGUUCGACUUUAGUAGUGACGAUGAGCAGCUUUUUGACUCCCUAAGAGACUUGUAA